AUGUCUUCUCGAGAUCUUCCCAAGGCUCCAAUUGUCAUGGUUCCUAGCCAGACCGUGCCCAGUCGCAUCCAGACGGUGAUUGGAAAGCGUUCGCAAUUGAGCCAAGACAUCGAAGAGUUUAGGGGAAUUCCUUAUGCGGACAUAACCCAGCGAUGGCAGCAUUCCACCCUGAGGACCUCUCUUCCUCGUGAUAUAUAUGAAGCGACAAAACAUGGUCCUAGAUGUCCACAGCCAGAUGAAGGGAUUGAUCCUGAAACGUUUCAGUCGCAUCUCGACUAUUCCUCUGAGGUGGUCGAGUCUGAGUUCGAUUGUCUAAAUCUGUUCAUUGUGAGACCAAGUCCGGCAGCACUACUGCAACGAGGAAGGAAGGUGGAUGACAAAAUCCCCGUGUUUGUCUGGAUACACGGAGGUGCAUUCAUCUACGGUGCAGGAACGGAUCCUUUCUGGGAACCGACAAGGCUCGCCAUACGCGCUCUCAAUCUUGGAAAACCAAUGAUAGUGGUCAACAUCAAUUAUCGUCUUAACAUCUUCGGGUUUGCUGCGUCACACGACCUUCUCAAGGUUCAAGAGGGAGCCUCUGCAAAAGGCUGUAACUUUGGCCUCCGUGACCAGAAAGUUGCUUUGACAUGGAUAUCACAAAACAUCUCCGCCUUUGGUGGCGAUCCUGAAAGGAUCACAAUCGGCGGCCACUCUGCAGGGGGCCACUCCGUACAGAUACAUACUCUUGAGGCAGAACUCGGGCAUACCAAACCGGUGUUCCGGAAAGGAAUAGCCCAAUCUGGUGGGAUAGGUACUUGCGGUCCGAUAUCUUUGACUCAAGCUGAUGGCAACUGGGGCAAUCUAUGUCAGUAUUGGAAUAUCGAAAAUCAUGAGAGCGAGGAGAGGGUUGAUUACCUGAGGCAUCUUCCUGCCGAUGAUUUACUAAGCUCGGCAAGCCACUUUGGAUUUAUGAUAUGGAAAAUUGUCAAAGAUGAACACACGUUGAUAACAUCGCAGCUUGGAUGCGAGGUCCGAAUAGAUUUGGGAAAGAUCGAGGGAGCGGAGACAUCCUCGGCCGAGAAUCCUGACGACGACCCAGUCCCUCUACUGAUUGGCGAUACGGAACUUGAGUCAGGCCUAAUUUACACAGAAGUGGUAGCCGGUAUCAAGAGCUUCAACCAGAUUCACAAGCUAUUCAGGAUGUCCUACCCAUCAGAUGCUACUGCUGACGAAGCCCUUGACACGUAUGGGAUUGUGUCCAGCAUUCCUCUUCCAGCGCUUCGAGAGCGCUUGGCUGUGUUUCUUUCCGAUGCCGUCAUCUCUCAUUCAAUUGUACGUGCCAGACAGUUCCACCACUCUUACAGGCAUAAGAAUGGAAAGGCAAUCAACAUCCAACCUUACAAGGUGAGGUUUGGGAACCCUUUUCCAGGGUUUGUCGAACGCGUGCCACAUCACGGGGUUGAAGUAAUAUAUCUCUUUGACUGUUAUCACGAUCAUCUGAAGAAAUUGGACGAGUCUGAGCAAUUAAAGAGCACAGGCCUGAUGUCACUACUUCGACCAAGCUUAGACCCUGUUCGGGCGAAACAUAUAGACCUUGUCUAUCUGAUCCAAGAUCGAUGGAUUACUUUUAUUGUUGACGAUGAUCUAAACAAUCACGAUUAUGGACAGGGAUACAACGCAGAUGAGAUCACGGUCUACACGGAGGAUCGACGAGCAACAAUCCAAAGUCUACGAGAGGGUCAGGAAUUUGUUGAUCAAUCGAAAAGGCUUAAAGUGCUAGAGAAGGACUUGGAUUCAAUGAGGGCUGUUCCAGUAAACAUCAGAAAGCUAGAGUAG